UCUGUGAUUUCCAAUAGAAAAACGUUGAAACGGACCACAGUGCCACCACUGCAGCGAGCGUGGAAAAUAGUCCUCUUUGUAGGCAGGGAAUAUGGUCUGCCACGGUGUCAGAGUGAGAAAAGCAUCUAGUCAGAAAAAUAUGACUACUGAAUUUGUUAAGUUAUUGGUUUAACGUGUGACACUGCGCUCUUUUCACGUAUGAUCUGACGAAAUACGAAUCGGUUAUCUCCUUCAGAAACAUGGAGAAAGCGCUCGGCGGUUCCCAUCCAGGGAAUUCGAAAAGCAACUCUGGGUCCGCCUGUUCUUCGGAUCCGGGGAAUUCAACACAGAGGCUCGGGAGAAGUGGCUCGCACAGUCCGGGUUCUGGAUCAUCUGGAAGCCCGGCUGGAGGGGGAGGGAGCUGUGGAGGAGUAUCGAGAAACAACGGCUGUAUGCAGCAAUCCCGCAAGCGGUAUCUCGAAGGAGUGUUGAGUAAAUACACAAAUCUCCUCCAAGGUUGGCAGAACAGGUAUUUUGUUCUGGACCCAGAGGUGGGGCAGCUGCAGUACUUCGUCAGUGAGCCCUGUAGGGGUCAGAAGCCCCGGGGGUCUCUGCCCCUAAUUGGAGCGUCGGUUGCCCAGUGCGACGAGGCACCCCAUAUGUUCACUGUGUACUCAGCCAAUGGAGAUCUCUACAAGCUGCGGGCAGCGGAUGCCAGGGAGCAGCAGUACUGGAUGAGCCAACUCCAGGCCUGUGUCCGGCGCCACUCAGACAGCAGUGCGAAGGGUUCCUCCUGCGCCUCCUCCAGUCGGACCCGCAGCUUCUCCCUGCUCCCACACCCCCUGCCCACCUCCUCCUCCUCCCCCGGCUCCCAGAGACACCCGUCCCAUACCGGCGCACCCAGCGCUAUUGUCACCAUCACUCAUCACAAGUCCCCUGCCGCCGCCCGCCGUGCCAAGAACCAGUACUCCGGGAGGCUGCUGGAAGUCAAAGAGGUCAUAUCACAGGCUGAGGGUCAGCAGAAGACGCUGGUCCACUCCAUAGAGUCUCUGCCCACCCGCGGGCCGCUGUCCUCUCUGGACCAGGACCUGCUGCUGCUCAAAGCCACCUCCGCCGCCACCCUCAGCUGCUUGGGAGAAUGUCUCAACAUCCUACAGCAGAACGUGGGGCAGGUUACGCAGCACAGCCACGCCCAUGGGCGCAGCCUGGUCUCUGAUGCUGUCCCUGGCUGGCCUGUGCCCACGUCUCCCUCUGCAGAGCAGCUGAACAACGGGGGGCCGAGCCCCUCCAUGCCCCAGGCUGGCACCAGCGUGUCCCUUUCAUCUGAGCCCUCCCCGGCCCUGAGAGACAAGGACCUGACCCCCAGCACUGAUCCCCCCAGCCUGGAGGCCAUCCACCCCAGUGAGGAGGCCACUGACACAGAGGAGAAUGAAGAGGAGGAGCUGGGCGUGAUGGAGGACCAGCGGAGUGUCAUCCUGCACCUCCUGUCUCAACUCAAACUGGGCAUGGAUCUGACCCGGGUAGUGCUGCCUACUUUCAUCCUGGAGAAGCGCUCCCUGCUGGAGAUGUACGCGAACUUCAUGGCACACCCGGACAUGUUCCUGUCCAUCACGGCGGCGGUGACGGCGGAGGAGCGGAUUGUGCGCUUCGUGGAGUACUACCUGACCUCCUUCCACGAGGGCCGCAAAGGCGCCGUGGCCAAGAAGCCCUACAACCCCAUCCUGGGGGAGAGCUUCCACUGCUCCUGGGAGGUGCCUUGUGACAGGGUGCGGCCCGCGAGGACUAACUCUGGCCCCGCCCUCCGGGACCCCGCCCAGGCGGAGCGCUGCGGCGCGGACACGCCCGGCUGCUACCGCGUGCGCUUCGUGGCCGAGCAGGUGUCCCACCACCCGCCCGUCUCCGGCUUCUACUGCGAGUGCCAGGAGCGCCGCAUGUGCGUCAACGCCCACGUCUGGACCAAGAGCAAGUUCAUGGGCAUGUCCAUCGGAGUGUCCAUGGUGGGGGAGGGGGUCCUAUGCCUUCUGGAGCAUGAUGAGGAGUACGUCUUCACGCUGCCCUGUGCCUACGCCCGCUCCAUCCUCACUGUGCCCUGGGUGGAGCUGGGGGGUAAAGUCUCCAUCAACUGUGCCAAGAGUGGCUACUCCGCCACCGUCACAUUCCACACCAAGCCCUUCUACGGAGGGAAAGUGCACAGGGUGACAGCAGAAGUCAAACACAACCCCACCAAUACCAUUGUGUGCAAAGCACAGGGGGAGUGGAAUGGGACACUGGAGUUCACCUACAGCAGUGGCGAGACCAAAGUGAUUGACACUUCCAAACUGCCAAUCAUCAAGAAGAAGAUCCGGCCAGUGGAGAGGCAGGGUCUGAUGGAGUCUCGGCGGCUGUGGCACCCAGUGACGGAGGCGCUGAAAGAGGGGAACGUGGACACAGCCACCAAACACAAACACCUCCUGGAGGAGCGUCAGCGCAGCGAGGAGAGGCAGAGAGCCGCCAGCAACACGCCCUGGAAACCCAGAUACUUCAUCAAAGAGGGCGAAGGCUGGGUGUACCACAGCCCCCUGUGGAAAACACAUUGACACAGGAACUGGUGUCAGCCAGCCAUCACUGGGCCGUAGAGGCGGGACCAAGGAAAGAGUGUUGCCUGUUUCAUUUGGGACACUGAAGCCAAGUGACCCCAGCCAGCAUCUGGUGUUCAAACCCAGGAGUGGAAGCAGGACUGACCACUUACAGGGGUGGAAAGUUUCCAGAAUCCCCUCCACCAGGGCCAUAUUUGUACACCUGCUCCUGGUGCAAGUACCUCUUCCACCUUGGAGAAAAUUAGGACUGAAAUACACAUAAGUAUAUAUACAUAAUAUGUAUGUAUGUGUAACAUUUAUAUUUUUAACUUUUACAAAGACCUGUUUUGCACAUAUACUGUAUGAAGUAAAUUGCCACUGGCGUUUUCAGUAUUGUUCACAUAUUGCUGUUCACACACUGCUCACAUUCUUUUAAAGACCUCAAAAGAGAUCGCAAAGAUAUGGUUAUCAUCUUCAGCUGUAGGACUUCUUGGCUCAAAUCUGCCCUUAAGUGCCCCCAUAAAGUUGAAACUGAUGUUCACUUCAGGUAAAGGGAACAUAGAAAUUACAUCCACUACACACUGCAAUCAUUCCACAGUCCACCAGGAAUGACAGGCUAUAUAGGAAACUCCCAACCCGGCAAGUAUUUUUCCUCCAAUAACAUUGCCUGUUCUGGUUACUAUAUAAACCACAGGAAUACUGUACCAAAGUAUAAAUCAGUGCUGUCACCACAAGUACAGGGAAAUGAAUUAAUUAUAUAUUGUGUUUUAUCAUGAAUUUAAACAUGUAAGAUGGUUUUAAUUUAGUAUUGUGAGCUGUUUAUGAAAAUGGGGGCACACUCAUACAGGCCAAUUCUGUUUGUGUGCUGAAAUUGGGGACCGUGGAUCUGCAUUGGCAUCUCUUUUGGUCUAACAGGCCAUAAGUCCAUAUCAAUAGUUACCUUACAUUUCUGCGUACCUUGCAUUUCAUAUGUGCCUAAAUUAUCAUCUCUGAAACUGUAUUGCCAAAACCUGUCAGACACAUACUGUUAAGGUGAAACUAGCUACAUCCAAAUGUGUUUUAAGUACUAUCUCACCUCAUUACUGUGGUCCUUAAAUAAACUGGCCAGUGAUGUCUUGCCAUGCUUGCCAGAGGGCCCAGUGGCCCAAUCCAGGGAGGUCUGGUUUGGCUUCUCCUGUGCAGUGUUUAUAAGGGAUGCUCAGUCAGGUUGUUUGUGGACAGGUGUAGUUCGACUGGAAGUAGAACACACCUGCUUGUGUUUGACGUAACUGUCCUAACUGUCUUCAGCACUUUUUCAGGCAGACCCAUCUGUGAACUUUUUACAUUUUAUUUUUAUUUUUUUUUUAACCAGAGCACAUUCCCAAAGAGAGUAUUUUCCUGCUUUAGUCACAUUUCACAGCAGCUGUCAGCUUUAUUCAGUUUAGGUGAGUCACAGAACUGCAAAUCCAUCGUCUAUACACAAUGCUACUGCUGCCCAGCUGCAAUCAAUCUAACAGAUGGACAGGUACUUACAUUGAAUAAAGUGUAGAGGUAACACAAAUAUACCUUUAGUUCAGUCUCAUAAGAGCUCCACAAUUUGAUCCCAUAGCCAUCAACUUUUUUCUCACCGUGCUUAGAACCCCAGAACGAACCCUAAUUAAAAAUAAGGAAAAAUGCUUAUGAGACUCCUCUCCCUCCAUUUGCUUUGAUAGUUCUGCAUACCCUUUUCACUCUGGACAGUUCAGCCACAAGCCCUCAGCUACAGGAACUCUACACCCAUUUGGGUUCCAGAUGACUGAAUGUCAUUUCACGUCCCUUAAAAACAUUUUUUUCUUUUUUUAAUAUUCAUGCAUUUAUUAAACUAGGAAGAGGAUACUGAAUUAGAAUGUGGACGCUGGGAAACUCACUCCUAUGUUCUCUGAAUCAGUAUGCCCUGAGCAGAUGGGGUUAAAGGUCUGGAAUUUGUGGUCUUCUGAGUCUCCAGAGGGAGUCGGUUCACUAAACCUGCCACCCGUGCUGCUCAAGUGGAUGGUAUGCACAGUAUAAUCCUUUAAGAAUGUAAUCAUUGCACUUCGUGUUAUAACAAUCACAUGCUGCUAGGUUCACCAGGUGGUCUGCGAGUCUGGAAAAAAGUAUUAAUUGCUGAAACACUGAGAAAGAUGUAGAGGUCCCAACAUACAAACAUGUCCUAAUUUUAUACGGCACUGGCUAUGACACAGUGAUUCUCCUAAUACUGUUAAGAGGCCCUUUUCAAGGACGACAAUGUAUGCUUGUCCUCCAUUUGGGUUCAGCCUGUUCAAACUUUAAAUUCUCUCUGACUCACUGUCUUACAGCACAUUGGUGUGUUGAGUACAGGGCACAGUUUGUGAGACAGCCUCCUCCCCAAGAGUACUGCAGUGGCAAACUAAUGAGCAAAAAUUAAAUGAUGAGGAAAAUAUCCUGCAGUCUGGGGAGCAUAGGUUAUUUUCCUUUCUACAUAAUAAUUAUUCUAAUUGACUUCAGUUUAGGAGAGUCAGUACAAAGAUUCUCACAUGCGAGUGCUCACUAUUGUGGUAUGACUCAUGUGAUAUAUAAAACUUACAAACCUCAAUUAGUUUUAGUGUUCAGAAGAAAUCAAGCUCUUCUGGCAGAGUUUUAUGAAUUACUAGCAUAGUAGUGAUAAUACUCAAACUUCAUAAUCAUAAUCACCAUGUUCCACCCUGGAAAGGAUUUUAUUAAUGGCUGUCAGAUUAUAUAUUUUUCAGUAUUUUGGAAUAUUUUACAAUAUUUGACAAAAGUAUUAUAUGUGUGAUGUAUGAGGAAAUGUGUAAUGAUUUAUGGGAGGUGGCACGCUCUGAGGUGACAUACCAGUCCUUUCCCAAUGACAGCAGUUUGGCAGUUGCAUUUGAAUUUCAGUCCCCAAUGAGAUAAUCAUACAGUUAGACAAACAUAGGCAAAUAUCACCUUGUGUAAUUGUAAUGUUUUUAUUGUAAUAUUGCAUAAUUGCUUAUAUUCUCAGUGUUUAUAAACACAAGAAAGAUGGACAGUUUAUAGUGUUUUUCCCCCUUGGAUUUAACUGGGCGUGUUAUACACUACUGUAAUUUAAAGAGAAACAGUGAAGCAGCUCACAAUGUUCGGGGGACUGGGCAAUGUGCUACCUUAGUAGGAUGUUCUCUACCAUAACAACAGGGAUUCCAGAUUAACCUGGCACUCAACUGUGCAGCUGUGAAAUCUUCAGUAUUUUCUUAAAGUCGGUGGUGUGAAGGAUCUUGCGAAGGGGUUGGAUAAACAUGCACUGAAGCAUGCUUUUUCCAUUUUGUUUUUCAUAACCUCUUACCCCUACUUCUUAAGUGUGUAACCCUAACCCCAACCCUUAUCACCCUUACCCUUUCAUAACCUCUUACCCUAUUUCUGAAGUAGCUAUAGUCUAUGCAGUGUAUGCUGCUGUUCUUCAAACAUAAGCUGUUAAUUGUAUGUAAUUAGGCAUUGUUUGAGAGAUGAUUUACCCUCCUGAUGUCUCAUUAUAUGUCAGGACUAGCUGUGCCUGCUACCAAUGCCUCACAUUCACUAAUGUUUUAGUUUUCUGUAAUGUGCUACAUGAAAAAAGAGGUCACAUUUUUAAUGAAAUAAUAGACUGAUGUGAAAUCUGUGGGGUCCUAAUCGCUGAAAGUGUGGAAACCUGGUCACAGAAAACAAAUUAUUUGUGGGAAAGGGCAAAGCAAAUAAGCCAAACCUGCCUUGUUUAAGGAAAGACUCGAUUGAUCAAGAGAAUGCCAGCAACAAAUAUCAGCACAUGCCAACUUUGGGACCUGUAUCAUGUGUGAGAAUGGCUGGUCUGCUCUACACACUUUUUAAAUUCAGGGGUAUGAAUGUGCAGUCCUAGAGUGCUAUUGUGCUUGCAUCUGUUUGUGGUUUCCUCCUAAUCAGCAGUCAAUGACUUAAAAUCACUGGUUCUGAAACACUGAAAUUCUGAAAUACCAAAAUCCAGCAGUGUGGCCCCCCAAGACUGGAUUCUGACACCCAUGUCUUAAUUUGUUAGGUGGGGGGGGGGCAUAUUAAUGUCACUUUAUUAGAGGUAAGUCCAUUUGUGGAACCUUUUUUUGUAUGCGUCCUACACAGAAUCACUGUUCUGUAUCAUCUUGACAGUUCAUUCAAUUCAAACCCAAAAUCCAAGCUAAUCCACAUACAAUAGGUAUAAUUGUAAUAGCUAUCAUCCCUUCACAUGGUCUCGUGGCCCUGAAUGACAUUAAGUCCCGUUAUCUGGUCUGCCUGACUUUAUUAGAAUGGGCUGUAGCAUCCAUUUCACAAGUUUUAUCAAAAAACCGUAUUACAUUUUAGAAUUUUCUAUUCAUGCAUUUUCUUUUACUUUAUUACAUUAUUCAUUUAGCAGAUUAUUUUAUCCAGAAAUCUUGUAGCGUUCCACAUGGCAGUUUUUCUAGGUUGAUCAGCAAGCUUUAGUGAUAGGCGGAGUGUUUGUCUUACCUUAUUUGGACUUGGAUGCACUUUGUGUGAUGUCAAGGUGGGGUAUUGAAGGCUGUGUGUAUAAACAGCCAAACAAAGGGGUGAAUCUGAGCUUUGUAAACUCAAAUCUUUAUUCCUCAGCCAUGAAUUCCCCUGAAACAGGGUCAGCUGGUCCGUGUGGGAACACCUGGGUACCCACAAAUGCAGCAGCAAAUGCAGUGUCCUGAAUCUGUGUAUGUAACACAUUAGGAGUACAGCACUGCAAUGUAUUCAAAGAGCUUGAACCAAACUCUUGUCCACCUGUGUAUAAUCUAUGCAACACUUAGAUUUUUUUGUUUUUAUGAGGGGGUGAACAGAUUUACAAUUUUUGUUUUAAUAAAUAUGCCAUGGAAAUCAA